UCUAGAAUCUUCUCCUCUCUCCCCAGARCAAGGGAAGAUGACAUCUCGGCUCCUCUGAGCUGGCAGUGCCCGGGGAGCGGCAGAGCCAUGGAGUACGAACUGCCCAAUGCCACCGCCUUCUGGUUCUCCCCGGCUUCCCCCUUCGACAACUUCUCCCUGGAGGCGCCCACCAACACCUCCCAGAACGCCACGGGCCAGCACUUYGACCUGACCAGCAACGCCAUCCUCACCUUCAUCUACUUCGUGGUSUGCAUCAUCGGGCUGUGCGGCAACACGCUGGUCAUCUACGUCAUCCUCCGCUACGCCAAGAUGAAAACCAUCACCAACAUCUACAUCCUCAACCUGGCCAUCGCAGACGAGCUCUUCAUGCUCGGGCUGCCCUUCCUGGCCAUGCAGGUGGCCCUGGUGCACUGGCCCUUCGGCAAAGCUCUCUGCAGGAUUGUCAUGACGGUGGAUGGCAUCAACCAGUUCACCAGCAUCUUCUGCCUGACGGUUAUGAGCGUCGAUCGGUACCUGGCUGUCGUCCAUCCCAUCAAAUCUGCCAAGUGGAGGCGGCCCAGGACAGCCAAAAUGAUCAACGUGGCCGUUUGGGGCGUUUCCCUGCUGGUGAUCAUGCCCAUCAUGAUUUACGCCGGGGUGCAGCACAACCACGGCAGGAGUAGCUGCACCAUCAUCUGGCCGGGAGAGUCGGGCGCCUGGUACACGGGAUUCAUCAUCUACGCCUUCAUCCUCGGCUUCCUGGUGCCUCUCACCAUCAUCUGCCUUUGCUACCUGUUCAUCAUCAUCAAAGUCAAGUCCUCGGGCAUCAGGGUGGGCUCGUCCAAGAGGAAAAAGUCSGAGAAGAAAGUCACCAGGAUGGUGUCCAUCGUGGUCGCCGUCUUCAUCUUCUGCUGGCUCCCUUUCUACAUCUUCAACGUCUCCUCCGUGUCCGUCAUGAUCGUGCCCACGCCCGUCCUCAAGGGCAUGUUUGAUUUCGUGGUGGUCCUCAGCUACGCCAACAGCUGCGCCAACCCCAUCCUCUACGCCUUCCUGUCCGACAACUUCAAGAAGAGCUUUCAGAACGUGCUGUGCCUGGUGAAGGUCAGCGGCAUGGACGAGGCCGACCGCAGCGACAGCAAGCAGGACAAAUCCCGSCUCAACGAGACCACGGAAACGCAGAGGACCCUGCUCAACGGUGACCUGCAGACGAGCAUCUGAGGGGACGGCGGGGCUGGUGCGUCCCGCGCUCUCCUGUCCCCGCUGGGGGUGGCACUGCGGAGUCAGGGCAGGAAUGCCACCCGAGGGGACGGCUGUGAGCACACGAUGGGCGCGGGGCUCCUCUGCUGGGCUCCUCUCUGCUGGGUUGGCUUUCGAGUGCUGGGAAGAAAAUGGAUCAGGAGGAGCUGCCUCGCCAGGAAAACAAAGACAACUCGCGGCGACGCAGCGCAUUUCRACACCAAAGUGCCACCGCGGGCACAAGUAUGGCCGGGGUGGCUCUGCUGGGUCCCCGUGCCACCCCCGGGGCCGGAUGGCUUUGGGACUCCGCCCCACAGCGGGUGGGUGCUCCUGGACACACAGAGGGACCU